AUGUCUCGAUUUUGUGCUAGAAGGGAGUUUAAUUUGGAAUAUUAUUCAAAGCUGAAUGGAUUGGAGUAGAGUUUUUUUAGGGAAGAGAUCGAAACAAAGGAAUUGAUGCAAUUGAUAUUAAGGAUAGCUGAACUAGUUGAAUAUUUCGAUUUGAAAAAAGAUCCUGUAAAGGGUUACUUUUUGGAGAAAAUGCAAUAUAUUCUUUCUCGACCUUAUACACUUAAUAAUUUAAAAAAGAAAGAGGAUGAGAAUACAAUCAAUAAGGAAAUGAAAAAGUCACGUCACUCUCAUUUCUCCUCAAAUGUAUAGAAACUUGAAAUGUAGUCAUUAUUACAAAGUAACUCUGAAGAUAAUGAAGGAACAAUAAAAUUAUUAUAAGAAGAUUAUGAAAAAUAACUAAACAAUUAAACUUUAUUGGUUUAAAUGGACUUGGACAAUUAGAUGGGCAUAAUUACGAGUAAAUUGAGACAUCGAAAGAAUAAAAGCAUGUUUUCCCCUUCCAAUAGAAUCAACAAUUAAGGGGAUUAGUAGAGAGGAACGACAAGAUAGAAUACUUGUAGUUCGAGAAAUUCGGAUCGAGGAUAGAUUAAUCAUGAUGAUAAUAUUUGUUAAAUUCUGACAACACAAAAUCAAUGA